AUGUCCGCCGCCGUCCGCACCGUCCGCAUCGAGCUGCCAAAGACGGCCUUCUUUGUCUGCGAUAUCCAGGAGAGGUUCAAGACGGCCAUCGCCAACUUUGACCACAUCGUCAACACUUCGGCCAAGAUGCUCAAGGCCGCAAAGAUCCUCGAGGUGCCCGUAUUCACCACCGAACAGAACCCAAAGGCCCUCGGAUCCACCGUCUCGCCCCUCUCGGACCUCAUCGCCCAGCUGCCCCCGCUCUCGGCGCAGGCGGUCCACCCCAAGACGCGCUUCAGCAUGGACGUCCCCGGCCUCACUGAUCAGUGGCUCAAGCAGGCCGGCGACAUCAAGCACAUCGUCAUCUUUGGCAUCGAGUCGCAUGUGUGCGUGCUGCAGAGCACCCUCGACCUGCUCGACAAGGGCAUCGACGUGCACGUGAUCAAGGAUGGUGUCAGCAGCUGCAACGUCGGCGAGAUCGAGGUCGCCCUCGAGCGCAUGCGCAGCGCCGGCGCUCAGGUGACGACCUCGGAGUCGAUCCUUUUCCAGCUCCUUGUCGACGCGUCGCACCCCAAGUUCAAGCAGAUCUCGGGCCUCAUCAAAGAGGAAAAGGAGCCUACCAAGGCGGCCGUCAACCUGCUGGGCCCGGCUCGAUACUAG